AUGGGCGGUCUUGAGAGCAUCAAAUCUAAGGCCGAGUUCGACGCCAAGGUCCUUUCCAAGGACGCCGGUCCUGUCGUCGUUGACUGCUUCGCUACCUGGUGCGGCCCUUGCAAGGCCAUUGCCCCCAAGGUCGAGGAAUUCUCCAACACCUACCCCGACGCCAAGUUCUACCAGAUCGACGUCGACGAGCUUUCCGAGGUCGCUGCCGAGCUCGGUGUGCGUGCCAUGCCUACUUUCAUGCUCUUCAAGGAUGGCGAGAAGGUCACAGAGGUUGUGGGUGCCAACCCCCCAGCUAUCGAGGCCGCCGUCAAGUCCUUGAUUGCGUAA